AUGGGCCGCUACUCCGGCAAGACGUGCCGCCUGCUCCUCAUGCUCGUGCUCACCGUCGCCUUCUUCGUGGCGGAGCUGGUGUCGGGCUACCUGGGCAACUCCAUCGCGCUUCUGUCCGACUCCUUCAACAUGCUCUCGGACCUGGUCUCGCUGUGCGUGGGGCUGAGCGCCGGCUGCAUCGCCCGGCGCCCCCGCGGGGGGCUGGGCGCCACCUACGGCUACGCCCGCGCCGAGGUGGUGGGCGCGCUCAGCAACGCCGUCUUCCUCACCGCGCUUUGCUUCACCAUCUUCGUGGAGGCCGUGCUGCGCUUGGCGCGGCCCGAGCGCAUUGAUGACCCCGAGCUGGUGCUCAUCGUGGGCGCCCUGGGGCUGGCGGUCAACGUGGUGGGGCUGCUCAUCUUCCAGGACUGCGCCGCCUGGUUCGCCUGCUGCGGCCGCCGCCGCCGACAGCAGCAGCAGCAGCAUCCGCAGCCCGCGGCCGGGGUCGGCACCCGCGGCGCUUUCGGGGAUCCCCAAAGCGCCGAGUGUGGCUGGCACGCCGGCGCCCUGCCCGUCACCGGCCGCGACUCGGCCGUGACCCUCCGCGCGGCCUCGGCGGACAGGAAGGAUGAGAAGGGGGCCACCGUGUUCUCAAACGUAGCAGGUGAUUCCCUGAACACCCAGAAUGAGCCAGAAGAGACGAUGAAAAAGGAGAAAAAGUCCGAAGCCCUGAAUAUCAGAGGGGUACUUUUGCAUGUGAUGGGGGAUGCCCUGGGGUCAGUGGUGGUGGUGAUCACAGCCAUCAUAUUCUAUGUGCUUCCCCUGAAACGCGAGGACCCCUGUAACUGGCAGUGCUACAUUGACCCCAGCCUGACUGUCAUUAUGGUCAUCAUCAUUUUAUCAUCUGCCUUCCCACUCAUCAAGGAGACUGCUGCCAUUCUGCUGCAGAUGGUCCCCAAAGGUGUCAACAUGGAAGAGCUGAUGAGUAAGCUCUCUGCUGUGCCCGGAAUUAGCAGUGUCCAUGAAGUCCACAUCUGGGAGCUUAUAAGUGGGAAGAUCAUUGCCACUCUGCACAUCAAGUAUCAGCAGGAUGGGGGCGAUCAGGAUGCCAACAGGAAAGUUCGAGAAAUCUUCCACAACGCCGGAAUUCACAAUGUGACCAUCCAGUUUGAGAAGGCAGACCUGAAGGGGCCCCUGGGGCAGAAGGACUUGCAGUUGCUCUGCAGCUCCCCUUGCAUCACCAAGAGCUGUGCCAAGCAGCUGUGCUGUCCCCCUGGGGCCCUGCCACUGGCCCACGUCAAUGGCUGUGCGGAGCACAAUGGCUGUCCCCCUCUGGACAUGUCCCAGAGUGAUGGCCUCGGUAGACGACAGACCACCGAAGUGGCUAUUGAAGUAUCUUUGGAAGGUUGUCUGAGUGACCACGGACAAGCUCUUGGCAAGCCUCAGGAGGACUCACGUUAUGUCAACAGCACACAUUUUUAA